UAGCUGCUUCGCUAGCUAGCCGAUGCUUACCUUGUUUACAUUUAUUUGUGCUCCGAAAAAUUGCAAAACGAAAUGCACAGAUUUAUUGCAAACAAAUUACUUGUUCCUUCUUCUACGUGUGUUCGAGGGCUGGACUUUCCCGGAGUAUUUGUGCCGUCCACAUCUUUUCACGAAUACAGAAAAAGUGGAUAUGUAGACAAAACCCAGAAGAAGACGUCUACCAGAGAGUCCAUACGAGAUGGUUUGAAAGAGCUCAAACAGGAAAUAAGAAAUUGGACUGCCGAAGUCAAGGAUGGGGUUAUGAUGGAUCCUAUUAUGGCAUUGCCUCUUCCUGGGGAAGUGGAUGCCCAAUGGUUUUUUAACCAAAAUACCAAUUUUGAUGAUUGGGUUGUAACGGCUGAUAGUGAUCAUAAUGAAGGCCACAGUACCUGCUCAUUUGGUGUCAGUCCUGUAGGCAAGGGGCUAUUCAGUGGGAAUCUUUCAACACAGCUAGUCAAGGAUGGAAAAAUUAAAAAUGCUGGCUACUGUAACAUAAAAUCAAUUCGACCUCUGAAAUCAUUCAAGCGUGAUUCUUUCCACGACUGGAGUGCCUAUACCCAUCUUGUUCUGAGAGUUAGGGGUGAUGGAAGAAGUUACAUGAUUAACUUAGGAUCUGCAGGCUAUUUCGAUAUCAAUUGGAAUGAUCAGUUUCAUUUCGCUCUUUACACCAGAGGUGGCCCUCAUUGGCAGGUCUCUAAAAUACCAUUCUCAAAAUUUUUCAUGACCAGCAAAGGUCGUGUUCAAGAUCAUCAGCAGGCUGUUCCUCUCAAUAGAAUAACAAGUUUUGGCAUUACUGCUGCAGACAAGAUCAACGGACCUUUCAGGUUGGAGAUCGAUUACGUUGGGCUCGAGCGAGAUCCCACUCAUACGGAAGUUUCUGCCUACGAACAGUACAAGACCCCUUAUUUCUAUGCAGAUAACGUUAACGUUAGAAUGGGAAUGCCAGGAAUGGCAAAUUCCCAACCAAGAAUGGUACGUCCUGUUCUUAAUCUCAACUACAUGCCCAACAACAAUAACAAUCCACAUGGUCUCGCAUAUCGAUAUGCAGCCCCAGGAAUCAGUUUUCGCAACAGAGCCCCAAUGUAUCAACCUGUUUACCAGCACCAUACUGAGGAUUACCAGCAGCCGUACAUGAAUGAGGAGUUUUCCAAUUACUUUGGGAUUCAGAAUUCGAUGCAGGAGUUGAACUCCCAGACAUGGACAGAGUCAGAUUACUUCCAGUAUUUAAACGAGAGGGCUGCCCAAUCUCAGAUGAUUUCCCAGAACAACUAUCCACCCCAAUUUGCUCAGGUCGACCACACCGCUCGAUUUCUACAGAGGACCGCAGCCACUGCUCCCCAAGUUGUGCGACAGCCAAAAGUUGCAGCUAGUCAAAAACGUGGGGGUAACGCCAAUACUGUUUUCAAUGCGGGAUCAAUAACUUCCCAACAGUCUCAGAAAAAUGUGAAGAACAAUGGAUUCGCUAAAGUUCCUCGUCGCCAGAAUCAGCCAAUGGCUUUGCUACCAGCACCGAAACCAGCAAAUCACCGCACAGCAGAUAAGCCGGUACAAAAGAAGCCCCACAUGAUUCCAUUGAAGCAGCAGCAGCAGAAAUUCCAACCAGAAACCAAAGGGAAACCGAAUCAAAUGCAAACGAACAAGACGCAACUGACCCAACAGUCACAGGUGGAGGUGAUUAAGAAAGAAUUGGCGUACAAGGGCAAAGUUGAACGUGACCGUGUGCUAGUCGGUACUAUCCCAAAGCUUGUCAAAUGGCGUUCAGCUCGCCACAAGAUUCCGCCUGUCUACGGGACUGUUGGAAUCAUCGAUGAAAGGAGCAAUGUGGUGGAUGAGAAACUGAAAAUUGAGGAUCAGUUUAUCCUUUGCGACUUGAAGCAGUGGAAUUGUAACGCUGAACCGUUGGUGAAAGAGCUGAUGGAAUGCGUAGUCUACACAUCCGAGCAUCGCCAGCCAAUCUUUUCUAUCGGACAGUGCGUCAGGGUUGUUGGCCGCUUCAUACCGAACAAUGAGCUGUUCCAGGUCCUCAAGAUCCGCUUAGCUGAUGAAAGUGACCUCAACUAUUUGUCGUGUGUGGUCAAUAGCCAGGCAUUCAAACCCGACAAGUCCUUGGACCGUAGUCUUUCAGCUCCAUCUACUUUCGAUGCCAGUCAUGAAGAAGAACCGGUGAAUUCUACGAAAGAUUCAUAUCCCGUUCUUCAGACCACUCCGGCUCCUACUGCAGACACUGAUUAUCUCUUCCAGCCUUACUAAAGUAUCGUAGAGAUUCAUUUCUUCACGUUUAUUCCGUCCUUUACAUUCCCGUGUUCCUCAAGUCAGCCGUUGGAAGCGCCUCCUAUUUUUUGGUUCAAAACUUGUGUCCAGUUAACGGCCCCUUUUUGUUUGAGUUUAUUUUGGAUUUUUGUCUAUUUCUAGACACUCAUUUGUGAAUUCCAAUACAAGGACUUUUGCAAUA